GCCUCAGAAGCAGAGAGAGCUGCGGCUUCAGGGGGGGAGGCGGAGGAAGACAUACCAGACAGGCUCCGCGUCUCCCGGCCCGCGAGCGCGAGCGCGUCGCCUUCCCGGUUCCCGCCGCGCCGCGCGAGCUUUCCCGCCUUCCCACUGCGAGGAGUGAGAGGGAGGGGGAGGCGUUUAUAACCGCUCGGCGCGGGGGCCAAUCCGACCGCGCACGCGACCGGGCCAAGCAGGGGAGCGGCAGGCAGGAGGCACCGUUCCGCCGCCGACUAGCGCCGCCGCCACGACGUCCCGCCUCCGCCUCCGCCUCCGCAGGCCGGCCGCGCGCAUCCAUGGCGAGGUCAUGGCUGAUAACUGGUAGGGGCAUUGCUAAGAAGAUAAGAUACACAGCUCCUAGUGCCAAUCACAAAAUAAGUGAGUUUAUUGCAGAAGCACGGAGGGAAUGUCCGAACUGCAGUCAUGUCAUUGAUAACAGUGAUGUUACCAUGCUGUGGCCUGGGCUGCCUGCUGGAGUCAAGUUUGAUCCAUCUGAUUUGGAGUUGCUUGAACAUUUAGAAGAAAAAAUUGGCCUGGGAGGUUCAAAGCCACAUGUGCUCAUUGAUGAAUUUAUUCCAACUAUAGAUAACGAUGAAGGAAUCUGCUAUUCACAUCCUGAAAAUCUUCCUGGUAUGAAAACAGAUGGUAGCAAUGCUCAUUUCUUCCAUAGACUUUCAAAAUCCUAUAAUUGUGGCAAGCGCAAGCGUCGAAGGGUCAUAAGCUGCAGUGAUAACACUGUUACUGAUGACCAUGUGAGAUGGCACAAGACAGGGAGAUCCAAACCCAUAUAUGACAAUGGUGUUAAGAAAGGUUGGAAGGAGAUAAUGGUGCUGUACAAAAGUUCGCAAAGAGGUGGAAAGCCUGAUAGAGCUCACUGGGUAAUGCAUCAGUAUCACCUUGGAGAAGAGGAAGAUGAAAAGGAUGGGGAUCUUGUUGUUUCCAAAAUCUUCUACCAAAUGCCAAAUAAGAGUACAGAAGUUUCUGGAACAGAAACUGCUUAUGAUGAACCCGACGCAUCUGCUUCAGUGAUUGGUCCUAAAACUCCAAAGACAAAUACCCCACAGCCACGUCAUCCUAAUAAUAGUCCAUGUGAAACUGAGAAGAAUGCUUUCAUCCUGCAGGAUCAGCUACUACUGCAGGACGAAGGAGAGCCUACCAUUUCUAUUGUUAGCCUGGAGGAUGAUGCAGUGAACCCUGCAUGGUGUGCUGGAGCUGAAGAGCAGCAGGCUGUUGGAGGGGCAUCUCGGGCUCAGCUGAACCCAGAUGAACCUCUGCUCUGUCGUGAAGAUCCGAAUUCCUUAAACGACGAAGCACUGUUUCCCUUGGACUAUCCGAUUCUGUCCCAAUGCAGGAACGAGAUCCUUGACAGGAACCAGAACACAUUUUACGGGUUACCUGAUCUCCAUAAUGUGGAUCUUGGAACGCCUCCAGACCUUCAGCUUGGUGACUUGCAAUUUGGUUCCCAGGAAAGCCUUGGCAGCUGGCUGGACCGCAUCUAGGGUGAUAACGAGCGUUAAUAUUUUCGCUCCAACUGCAUGAUCGAAGAGCAUGCUUUUGCACAGGAUAUGAUGGUACUCGGUAGCAACUAUUUUGGGGCUUGCACAACACAGACAUUGCAUGCUGGUAUUAGUGAUGUAUUGUGUUGAGCCAUCAAACUGUAUCUGGAAACAAAGAACCUUUUCUUUUCUCUUUCGAAGAAUGAUGAACCUUUAACAUCUGACGUAUCACAAAAACUGUAGGCCUUGAAAACUAGUUGCGUGGCCGGUGCAGACCUGCAUUAUUGCCCCCAACCUGUGUAGGCCGUGGCUUGUUUGGUUGGAGGUACUUGAUGCAAGGGAAUGAGAGUUCAGAUA